UGUUUUGCUUCAUAGCCUCCAGACCAGCUCACGAAAGCAUGGGAAUGUUGUGAGGGAAUUUCCAAGUAAAAGUUGUGUAAAAGUGGCAGAUAAGUUAUUGUAAGUUUUCGACAAAGCCGUAUCGAUAUCCGCGGGGAUCCGUUGUGGCACCAACGCCGAUCCGUGCGACGCUGUUGGGGGACAUUUCGCAAGCGAGCAAGUUCGGACAAAGAAAAGAGUUGUGAAGCUAACGUUAGCUGGCUCCCAAGCUAACUUAGCGGCCACAGACGACAUUCUUCUAGCUACGGCGCAAUGCAGGCCAUAAAGUGUGUCGUUGUCGGGGACGGAGCUGUGGGUAAGACAUGCCUGCUCAUCAGCUACACCACCAAUGCCUUUCCUGGAGAAUACAUCCCCACAGUAUUCGACAACUACUCCGCCAAUGUGAUGGUGGAUGGGAAGCCAGUGAACUUGGGCCUUUGGGAUACAGCAGGACAAGAAGACUAUGAUCGACUCCGCCCACUCUCCUAUCCACAGACGGAUGUGUUCCUCAUCUGUUUUUCACUUGUGAGUCCUGCCUCGUUUGAAAACGUCCGUGCCAAGUGGUAUCCUGAGGUGAGACACCAUUGUCCCAACACUCCUAUCAUCCUUGUGGGUACCAAGCUGGAUCUGAGAGACGACAAGGACACCAUUGAGAAACUGAAGGAGAAGAAACUCGCUCCGAUCACCUAUCCCCAAGGCCUGGCCAUGGCCAAAGAGAUUGGUUCAGUCAAGUACCUGGAGUGUUCUGCCCUGACUCAGCGUGGCCUUAAAACUGUGUUCGAUGAGGCCAUCCGGGCCGUCCUCUGCCCUCCUCCCGUCAAGAAGAGGAAGAGGAAGUGCUCCCUCCUCUAAGAUUUCACUGGAAAGGAUAUGGGGGAACAUGACCGCUAGUGGUGAGGGUGGGAAAAGACACAGGAAGAAAAAAAACACAGACAUACAUACAUACACUUACACAAAAGCAGUGUACUUCAGAAUCUUUUCUUCUGUAAAAGUGUAGCUACAGUAGUUCUACCAACCAUUACAAUGAAAAAAAAAAUGACAUGCCGCAAAUCUACAAUAAGGGUUUUGAUGAUGAUAGACCCUAUUUUUUUUUUCCUAACAUUCACUACAUACACAUAUAGACAAGACUGACUAUGAAAUGAUGAAAUUCCUGAGGCCUUCUAAAAUGGAUGGGAAGUUUUAUAAAAAUGGACCGUGGAAUGUUUUCAAUUUGUUCUUCCACUGGUAGUCCAUCUUGUUUGUUUACAGUCUUGGUGGUUUAUUUUGAGUGGAAGAAAUAUUGCCAAAUACAUUCUGCAGAUAUCAGAUGGUGUUUUUCAGCUGACAAGAAAACCUUUGUGUUAUCUCAGUCCUUUACACCUUUCGGUACAUCUUACAGUUUGCCGUUGUGCACUACACAUAAGGGUUCAGCUACAUGAUGGGUGGCAUUUUAUUGAUUUCAUUUUCAAUUUGUGAGGGCAGUCACGUGUAACCGCUAUGUAACCGAGGAACUUGAAGUAAACAUCUGUGAAGUUCUUUUGCCUCAAAUUACUGUUAAUGUACCAUGAUCUUUUCACCGGUAGUGCUCAUUAGUUUCCAGUCCUAUGUGAAUGACACCCAGGCUGAGACAUAAUUGUCAUGUUGUUAAUAUUGAAAAUUAAGGCUGGGAAUAAGUCUGCUGAUGCCAACAAUGCUAUAAAUCCCUUAAAAGAAAUCACAAUCCAGUAUUUCAUGUGUUUGGCUCCCAUUGGACCCGUCAAGAGUAUGGUAUUCUUCUUUUCUCUUUUCAACACGUCCCCCCAGAGUUGUCCCAACUGUAAAGUUGCCUAUAGUGCAGCGCUGAAUACUUUAUAUUAGAUUUUGGAUUAUGUCGGUUCUGGGGAGUAUUCCACAAAACAAGAUUAGCAAAUGAGCCAGAUAACAAUCUAAAAAGUUAAUAUGGCAUAAAUAUCUUACGAAACUUGUUUUCAGUUACCAAUGUGGAUGACUUAAUUAUAUUCCUAAAAUUUUCAUUCUAGUUUUAUUUCAUAAAUUCAAGUACCUAUGACCAAGAUCUAGCAUAAUAUUUUCGACAGUAACCUGGCUAACUUUGUAAUCCUGCUCUGUGGAAUACCCUCCUGGUGUUAGAAAUAUUUUGGGUGGUGGGAAACAAGAGUACCUUUAAUGGUCUAUGGGCAUUUAUCAGAAACCUUUCGUGCAACACAUUCAUUCGUUGUGAGUAGCACACUUGAUUUUAAUAGCAUCACUACUGGCUAAGCGAUGUCACUAAGAGAGAGCAUUAAUCCCUGCUAUAACAGUAUCAAAGCUACUGUUGGUUAUGAUGUAGUAUCAGCAUACUCAUCCUUUUGUUAUAAUCAUGUGAUUGACUUUUGUAUCAUUCUUUUUCUUCACAGAAAUUACACUUCACUCACUGUAUUGUAAGACUAACACUAUGAAUAUCCUUUGUUUAUUACCUCCUACAGUUAACGCUACCUUAAUCUCCCUUACAAGCCUAGCUUUUUGUAAUUAAUGCUGAUAGCAUGUAUGUGCAACAUAUACUGAAAACUAAGGUUAGAAUUGCUACAGUUAUAUUUUUUUGCAUAUUUACAAAUGUAUUUGAACUACUAGAUCAGGGGUAAAGAACAUGAUGUUGCUCAUCUGUAAUGUAUUCGGACAUCAAGCUGUGCUCCAAUUCAAGCCAAUGUUGUGACCCUUUAGUUUUAUGGAUAAAGCUAUUGUCACUUUUUGAAAAAGCCAAUAAAUUCCGAUAAAACUAAC